GAAAUUACUGGAAUAUUACUGACACAGACGUGAUCGCUGGAAAACAUAAACAGAUCAUUUUGCGUCGCGUGAACGAUUAAAUAAACUCCUUUAAACACUAAAUUUAACUUAAAAUGUCAAGCUUUUUGUUAACGCUAGUAAGACAGUAAGUAUUUAACACCAUGUACUUUCACCGUGUAUAUUUUUACGGACAGAUUUAAGCAUUUUACGCAAAUUUUAAGAGGAUGUUUUACGAUCAUUAUUCACCGUAAUCCUACAGUCCGAUCGCGUUCUAAUCUAUUGAAAUUUCUCUUUUUAGUGGGACUCCCGAUGCUAAAAGACGAAUUCCCAAGGCAAUUGGUAAGAUACAGCGUUUUGUGUUCAUAAUUCUAGGUAGAUUUAUAACACUUUUCUAAGGGUUUUGAUAAAUUCCGUGCACGCAAUAUACUGCUAUAAAAACGGGUUUCGAAUUUCGACUCUGGAGUUCAUUUGAAAAGCGCCCAGGCUAUUUUUAUGAUUUUUUAGGUAGCCUGAUAAUAUUUUCAUUAAUAUAUCUUCAUUCUUGGAUCAAAAAGUUGACAUUUCUUGUAUUUUUGUGACGGGAGAUCCCAAAACACUCGCAAAGCGAAAGUUGCAAGGAAACGCGACCUUGACGGAAAUUCGAACCGAUCACGAGCUGUUCACGUGUUCACGCGUGUUUGAUGGCAUAUUACCUAAAAAUACUAAAAUUCUCUGUAUUUGUAACAGUGUUUUGUCUAAAAAAACAUAGUUUUUUUGCAAAAUAACGUAAUCGUAGCAUUCUGUUUAAUGAUAUGUUUUUUUGAGGUUCAAUAUUUUGUAUUGUGGCCCACCCAAGGUCAAUGUCAGAAUGAUAUUGCAAUAUUUAAUUAGGUCGUGUGUUCCAAAAUUAGAAAUAAUUCCUCGUUACUUUUCAUCUCCUUACUGUCGUUUGCAAUUAAUUAAAGAUGAACAUUUACAGGAUAAAAAGUUUGAAAGGUUUUAUGUAAAUGGAAAAUAUUGAAAGGGCUGCAGGUUCGAUUACUGCCAGAGGACAUUUAGUUGCAUUUUUCCCAGCUGUUCCUGGUUAGGUGUAAUAAAUGUAUAUAAAAUUUCCACUCGAUAAUUUCCAUCUACGAAACCCUUCAACUAUUAUUCAAUCGAGUGAGACGCAAAAAAAAUCUGGAUGAAAACUUUUGCAUGACAUUUGUAACAGCAUGAUGCUUGCAGCCCUUGAGAGCCGUCGAAAUUGAGGUUGGCAAAAAAAUGCCGACCUAAAUCUAACCUAAGUCGGCACGUGUCAGCAUUUUUUUAAAGCUAUUUCCAUGUCUUGGAGCACUAGUUAUCACGUAUUUGCGAAUCAUUGAAAUCGGAAUACAAGGCAUGCUUCUUUCUGCGGAAAACACAAACUUACAACGAAAACUCUUACCUAAAUUAUAUAUAGAAUACUUGUCAAUUUUUAAACCUUACACCAAAGUGUGUUUAGUUAAUCGAACUACGAAUCAAAUUCUAUAAUUGCUGACUUUUUAACAGCUAUCAGCACCAACAAAUUUUUACUUUGGCUGAAUUAAGGUCGGCAAAAAUUUACCGACCUGAGAGGUCGAUAGGUCAGCAUUUAGGUUGGCAUUGCCGAAUGCCGACCUUGUUUUCAAGGGCUGUGCUUGUCAGACAUGAUUGGGCUGAUCAGCCUAAAAAAUGUCUAAAUGAGCUUAGACAAUGUUUGUAUCUGUGUCUGUUCACUCAGUUGCAAACAACAGUUUGGCGAAUUUACAUUUUACACACUCCUUGAUUUGUCGUGUAUGAUUCGUAUUCUGGCAUAUGUAAUCAAAAUAAGGAUAUGUAAAAUGAUUGCAUUUUAAAUUUUGCCAGAAACGAAUGCCUGCUUCACACUUGUUGAUAUUCUUCUCCUCUGACACGACUCUAUACUUUGCAUGCAAGUUCACUCAUUUCCAUCCAUCAGAAACAUAAAAUUGUCAACAAAAUUGCUAGUGUGAACCAUUGCAGAGAUGUGGUGUCAGUGUUCAGUAAGUUUCAUCUUCCAGCAUACGAGAAUCGUACACCACAAGUUAAGUUUGCUAAAAAGGCUUAAAUUAAUGAGGCUUUUAUAAAACAAUGGCUUUAAUAAGAUCUCCUAUGUUUAUCUUAUUCAGGAAAUAAAGACAAUAGUUUAUCUCGAAAAGGUUAUUGCCAAGCAGACCUGCUUGGUCAAAAAUUAAAAUGUGAAAAAUUCACACACAUUUAUUGCAGUGAUAUUACAAAGGCAAAAGAGGUAGGUUUAUAAACCACUACUUUAUUAUUUUACUCUGUCUAACGCCAGGCGAUUUCACUCGUCAAGGGGAGAGCGCUGUCACUCAACGGAUUAAAAUCUCUGUGAGAGAAUGGCUCUUGGGGACAACGACUGGUUUAUAUAACUUGUUUCAAUUCUACAUUUUAGACAGCCGUAGUGAUUGCCAACCACAACAGAUCAUGUUCAUCCUUACCCAUACACGAAGACCCGCGACUGGAAGAACUUGUAAGUGCUGCUGUUCAAUGUUCACUUCCAGUUGUUGACAAAAUCCUUAUUUUAGUUGUUCAAAAUUUGUUUGUGUUUUCAACUUGUUUACAGAUUGACCAUGUGUAAAGUCUAGCUGGCCGAUACAUGUGGUCGUUGCAAUUCGAAUGUACCUUUUUUUGUACACGGAAAGGCAAUUCCCUAAAAUUUUUUGCUUCAUUCUGUGAAAUUGAUUCUUUUUCUUGUCAAUUAUUCAGUAUAAAGAUAAAAGUUUCUAACGGUUUGCAUUGUACUUUGCAGAGAUUACUAGAUGAAAAAGAAGGCGUCGAAAAUAUAAACAAUUCGUUGCUAAAUAAACUUGAAACAUUAGAGGAUAUCCGUCACAGAGCCGAAGACUUUUUCUUAGAAAUAUGCGACGUAAUGUUGCAUCGGACAGAACAGGCACAAAGUUACGACGCCGAAGACGACCAUUGUGAAAGCAGUAGUCGAAAUAGCUGUGAUGUCGAUGUUAUAGACAGUGCUUCUUCAAAAGACCCUGCGAAUGUUCUUGUGGUUAGCCACAAAGGAUUGAUCAGAGAAAUGCUACGGUACUUUUGUUCUGAGCUGGGAUGCCAGUUGCCGAGACGAUCUGGUCGUAGAGUGAAUUGGGAUUCCUCGUACACAGGGAUGUCAGUGUUUAGAAUUACCGUGGAAAGAACCGAUGACCUGCUGAAUAAUAUCCAUGUCGAGAGUUUACUAUUGAACGAUAAUUCACACUUGAGUAAGAGAUCAAAUGACAGUGGUAAACUAGGAGAAAGUCCAUUGGCUACACCAUGAGGAAAUUAAUAGCUUGUCAACGGAAGAAGAAUUAUUGAUGGUUGUUUUUAGAAGACCCGGUUGAAGUGAUAUCAAAGUUUUGUGUGAGCUCCAGAAAUCGAAAAUGCCAGUCAUACUGCAGUCAAUUGGUUGGCAUAGAUUCUCAAAGUUGUUGGUGCUGUGUACUGAUAAAUGGUGGUGAAUGAUGAUUAUCGUAUCUAUUAUGGUACAGAACUGAAACUUGAGACAUUGGUGACGUUUACUAAAUUGCAAUGUAGUGAAUGCUUAGCAGGUCUGUUCAGAGAGGGCACUUUGUCCUGUGCCCCCGGCCCCCCGCCCAAUCUCACGGUGACCCUGAUGCUCAUUACUAAACAUCAACUGAUGUACCACAAGAGCCUACCUGCCAAUGAUUAUAGCUUCCCAAUCUUAAUUUAUUAUGUCAAUAAAAUAGGAACAUAAGAUCUAUAGGAAAGACAUUUUUACCAAAAGCAAAUAGAAUCAUUUGGCAUAUUAAAGAUAAGAUAAGUAUUAGAUUAUGUAAAACAAGUUACCUGCCCUUCAAUGGGUAAAAUUUUGACCAGUACUUCUUUAUGAGUGGUUUAUCAUAAAACUGCUAUUUUAUACUCUAAGAGUAUACAUUAGUUUAUUAAUUUAAGAUACCCUCUAAUUUAAACUUAAAAAUGUGGGAAAGUAUUUAAGUCAAAACAUUUUAGUACGGUAGGACUGUUUAUGAAAAUACUACUAGUCAAACAUGUGGCUGUUGCCGUGUUGGCAAAAAAGUAUUGACAAAGCCAUGAAUAUCUAACCACUCUAGUUAGUUAGAAGCUUUGCCUUUGUUCAACUUAAUCUGAAAAGGUUUAGUCAUAAUAUAGUAUUUUGUUAAAGCUGUUGACAGUUUUGUAGACUUUGUACGUUGUAGUAUGGCAAAAAGAGUAUCGUAAAAUUGUGUUACAGUUAAAAAUAUAAAUAUAAAAUACAGAUUAUUCUAAACUAAAAAUAUAAUUGCAAAAUAUUUAUAUACUGAUAUGAGCUACGGUGAACUUGUUACUUGUAUGUUAGCGUCAGUUUAUUUCACAGACAUGUAGUAUGUACAUGUAUAGUACCAUUAAAGAAAUAGGUUUUACUUUUAAUUUCACUUCUGUAAAAUAGUUGUUCGUAUACAUUUUUGUAAAUAGGUAUUGGAAAAUAAUUUGGUGAAAUUAAAUAUAUUUUUGACAAAGAAAAUGUAGUACGAAUGUUUUGUGUUUAUAGUUGGGAAGAGGUUAUUUCGCUGGCCUCAGAGUGACAAAACGUAACAAAGCAACAGUUUCACUAACACUAAACCCUAUUCCAAACUCUAACCAUAAUCCUAACCCUAUCACCUAACCCUACUUCAAGUUUGUUUCUAAACCAAUCUUGAAGAAAAAAGUUUUGACGAAAUGUCAUUCUGAGGUCAGCGAAAUAACUUCUUCCUUGUAGUUGAAACAGCCACGUUUGAAAACUUUAAAUUGAUAAAUUUCUAUUUCGACUUCAAUGACGUCACGAAGGGAAGCGCUGAUAUAUGAAUAGAAGGCCCUACGCCAUAUUUAUUAUAUCUAUGCCCUACACACGUAAAAAUUUCGCAUCUUGUAGCAAGUCUGCCAACAAGCCGUCAACAAGUUGUGUUCGCACUGCUUGUCCCCAGUUAUCAACAAGCUUGGAACAAGCCGUUAACAACUUGUAACAACCUUGUUGAUACUAUCAGACUUGUUGCAAAGUUGUACCAACAAGUCCAAUACAUAGAUAUCUUGGUCCAAUAUUGUUGUUAUAUCGUGACUGUAUCAGACUUGUUAGAACAACCUUGUAACAAGCUACAAGUCUGAUAAUAAUGCCAUCAAGCUUGUUACAAGUUGUUAACAGCUUGUUCCAAACUUGUUACAACAACUGGGAACAAGCAGUGCGAACACAACUUGUCGACAGCUUGUGAACAGAUUUGUAACAAUAACAACUUGUGCGUUUUUACGUGUGAGAUCGUUUACACGUAAAAAUUUCACAGCUUGUCAAGAAGAUGUGUUCGCAAGUUUGUCAACAAGUUGUAACAACGCUGUUAUUUUAUCAAGUUGCUACAAGGUUGUCACUCACAACCUGUUGACAAAUUGGUGAAUUGCAGGACGAUAACAAGUUGUUGGAACAACUUGUAGCAAUUCUGUUGAGUUCAACAACCUUGUAGCAAGUUGUCAACAAGCCGUUGACAACUUGUCAACAAGCAGUGCAAAUAUACAGGUCUGCAAACACUGAGUUGUUGCACUAAGUCUGCCUGUUCCCAGUUGUUGUAUCAAGUUUGAAUCAAGCUCUUGACAACUUGUAACAAACUUGAUGGCAUUAUCAGACUUGUUACAAGGUUGCUUUAACAGGUUUGAUACAGUCAUAAUAUAACAAGAAUGUUACAAGGUUGACGACAACAGGUUGUAACAAUGUUUUAUCAUGACUGUAUCGGACUUGUUGGAACAACUUUGCGACAAGUCUGAUAAUAUCAACAAGUUUGUUACAACUGUUGACAAGUUGUUACAAACUUGUGGACAACUUGGGACAAGAUGUGAGAUUUUCGCGCGUGUAGCAGACUAAUGUCACACAAGCCUAGGGUGGAUAUCUCCUCAGACAUUGGCCUGGGCAGAGCGGCUUAAAUUAUCUCUGAACAUUUUUUGUGACAUGGAAGCAAUCUCAGGGAUUUCAAGGAUACUUUGCCAUUGUUCUUUCCUCGGUGAAAUACAUGUUUCUGACUCCUUUUGUGCCAGUUUUUCUGCCGCUUGCUCAGCUGCCUGUUGUUCUUGAAGUUUCUUGUUUUCUAUCUCGGCAAUGACCAGCUCUUUCUGCUCAACAACCU